AUGAGCAAAGAAACUAUAUACUACGGUCCAAACGCCGACGAAAAUAAGAAAAAACUAAGCAAAGUUCAGGAUGUGACUUCAUUGGCAUUGGGAGUGGGAGCAGGCAUCCUCGCUCCGGAGCCAGUGUAUGGAUUCUUGUUCUACGUAAUAGGCUACACUGUCUCGAACAUUGCCUUUUACAUAACAUGCUGCGAGGGGUUGCAAGGUCGAGCCGGGCAAUUCUACAAGUCGCCUGUCAAGGAGAUCUUUGUAGACAAUUUGUUGCACAACAUACCGGAGUACAUUAUGAUGUGGUGUUUGGUGUAUGCGCUAGUGAAGUGA